CCUUUUCUUGCAAUCUAAGUUUUUUCUCCUUUUCUUUUUUCUUUUUUUCUUUUUUUAAUAUUCUCAAUUUAUACCCUUCUACACAAACUCCCACUAGCUAUCACAGUUUCACCUGAGAAACUGAGGGAAAAAAAAAGAUGAGCUCAGUAUGCAUAUCAAACUGCAUCAACGACGCACGUGACCCACGUGUUCCGGUGAGGGCUUCCUACGUGAACCUCUAUAAGUGGCCGGAAUCGGAUGCUGAGUUCGUGAGGUCUAGAAGUUGCAACAGAGAAAAGGGUUCUCAGAUAUUGUACGGUCACCCCAGGGUGGUGGAUAGCAUCUCUUGCAGACAAAUGUACCUCAGAAGCUACACGUUUUCAAGGGAAGAAGAGAACGAGCACGAGAAAACCCACAAAUGUUUUGGUAGGGCAAAGAUGAAGAAGAAGAAAGAUAUUGGGAACGAGACUUUAAAGCCUAAUGAUAAGGCUAAGAAAACCAAGUGCUGCUUGGUUUGGAGUAAGGCUAAGGAGGUCUCGUGUUCUGCUUUGUCUGGGAUUCUCCGAAGGGUCUUGUCCUGUUCCGCUAGUGUAGAUGUUGUCGACGAAAAAUAUUGAUUUUUAAUCAAAGGUUUGAACUUUUUUGUUUUAUUUUAUAUAUAUUUUCUUCCUAUUUAUGAUCCAGAGAGAAGAAUUUAUUAGUGAUAUAGCUAUCUAUCACUUUGGUUUCUUUUUCUUCACUUAUGUAUAAGGUUGUGUGAAACGUGAAUGUAAUUUUUCCUGCGGUGGAUGUUAAUUCUCGCAUGCUAGAUGUAAAUAUUUUGUGGUUACAGAAAAAAAAAGGUUCAAGUGGAUUAAUUUGUGCAA